AUGACUAUGCCAGCGGAGAUCGCCUCCAUCCCCGGUUACGUCAAUGAUGGCAUGGGUUGUGCGCAAGAAAGUGUGCAGGCAUAUAUUGGCUCCGCUCCGUACCCCACACAGCCAUAUUAUGUAUGCGCACCUCCGCCUGCGCCGCGACCGCAGGCAGCGCGUGUAUAUGCUCAUCCUACGAUGGCCUAUAUGUAUACACAUGCUGCCCCUCCCUCCAUGGGUGGCUGGUAUGCGGCAUCGUCGAUGCCUGUGCCAGCGUACCCAAUGCCCAUGCCGCUGCCACCGCCGACAUGGGCACCCAUACUUGUUCAUCCGCCUGUGCGGGGCUAUGCCCCGCCGCCGAUGGGGGUACCAUCCUGGCACCCUUCUGACUGGAAUGCAUGGGGGCAUCAGCAGAUGCGAAGACAGCCUGCUAUGAUGCCGCCCCCCGCAAUGUAUGGCCCUUGGACGCAGGAUUCCAUACCGUUGCGUCCCCCUGUAUCGUCCGAGGAAGAUGAAAAUGCGCCGUUCGAUCCGCAUUCAAGGACGACGUCGUCCGAUGCCACGGACGUGCCAGCGCCUAUGGAGGAGACAGCUGUGCCUCUGGCUGCGUUUGGCGCCGAUGCCAUGUGGAAAGCCAGUGCCGAGAUUGUAGGACUACGUCGGAAGACAAUUCGAAGUGGCGCGCGUCUCUCGCCUACACGCUCUAUAUCUUUGCCGGAUGAGACUGCACCGGAUGAGAGUGUAUCAGCGUCCUCUGUGAGCUCUAUGAGCACGGCAGAACCUUCUACGCCUCCUUCAAGUACAGCUUUGGGUGAGCAGAGCCUUGUGAAGCCCAUGCAGUCGCUGCGGUUUUCUCCUUCACUGGAUGAUCGGUCUGCGGAUCUCCAACGACUUGUGCGUGCUAUGGGGUCGUCACAACGGCCAUUCCCAUCGUUGGAUCAGUGCUGCGUCCCUCAUGUGCCUUCGACGCCUGUGCGCCGCGUUCGCACGCCAACGAAGCGCGAGCAUUCCGCCUUGUUGGGCGAAGUGAGUCCUGCUUUCCGCCAUUUCACGCAUCAGGUCCUGGCACAAACAUUAUUGUCGCCGACGACGCUCUUCUUGGCUCUGCACUAUGUGCACGUUUUGCAAGGGCUUCUGUGGCCUGAUGAUGGAUCAGGCGAUACUGGCAAUGCUUUGGCAUUGCUAGCCCAGCCACCUUCUACCACACCGUUCAAAGUACUUAUCCUUGGACUUAUGAUGGCAAAUAAGUUCAUGGACGACAACACGUUUUUGAAUAAAACAUGGCAUGAGGUAACAGGGAUUCCGUUGGACGAACUCAACCGUAUGGAGUCGUUUUUUCUGUGUCGCACGCAAUUCCAUCUGAGUGUAUCGGAUUCUGCAUGGCGUCAGCAUUUGCAAGCGAUUCGUGCAGAAGCGUAUAACGCGCAGUCGGAAAACGAUACAGAUCUCGAUGUGUCCCGUGUCAUUUCUACGCUGGACGAGAUGCUUGCAUCACACCAUCGUCCAGGGCUCUGUGUUUGA